AUGUCAAAUUUCGAGCAGUUUCACUUUGACUUUUACCAGUCCAAUUACACCAUAGAUGACCAGGAAGAAGGUUACAACGGUUAUGGGUCUACUGAAAACCUCUCUGGAAGCAGAAAGAGCCAGGCAGGAGAGCAACCUCCAGCCAGUGCUUUUGCCCCGUCGGCAAUGCUUCUGCCCUCUCAGAGUUACGUGGGCCAGAUUUUGCAGCCAACAUACAGUCCCAACACUCUCUCUCAUCUUAGUUACUCCGACGGAUUUGACGAGGAACCUCCUUUGCUAGAAGAACUUGGGAUCAAUUUUGAGCAUAUAUGGCAAAAAACGUUAACAGUUCUAAAUCCAAUGAAACCUGCAGAUGGCAGCAUUAUGAACGAGACAGACCUCACCGGACCCAUGGUUUUUUGCUUGGCCCUUGGAGCAACAUUGCUGCUGGCAGGAAAAGUCCAUUUCAGCUAUGUGUACGGCAUGAGCGCCAUUGGGUGCCUUGCUAUGCAUGCCCUACUGAACCUGAUGAGCAUCCCGGGAGUCUCGCAUGGCUGUGUCGCAAGCGUCUUGGGCUAUUGCCUGCUGCCCAUGGUGAUCCUGUCCUCUUCUGCAGUCAUCUUCUCGCUACAGGGGAUCCCGGGAACUUUAUUCGCUCUGUUUAUUAUUGGAUGGUGCAGUUUGUCAGCCUCCAAAAUUUUUACCUCUGCAUUGGCUAUGGAAGGACAGCAGCUUCUCAUUGCGUACCCAUGUGCUUUACUCUAUGGACUUUUUGCGCUUCUAACAGUUUUCUGA